AUGGGGUUUCCCCUCUUUGCUCUUCAGCACAUUACUUUCUUGGUCCUUGCUAUUCUGACCACACUUGCUGUAGCUCAGGGAGACCCUAUAAGCAAAACCAGCUCAGAUUCUUCUAUCCUACUACCCUUAAAUGGCACUGACAACGAUGAAGUCCAAAAUAAACCUUCAGAUAAAAAGAACGGUUCCAAUAAUAUUUCAUUAAUUUUCAAUGUGGUUCUUCUGCUUGCAAUUAUAUUACUGUUGAUACUUUACUUCAACACAGCCAGAAAGCUAAAUAAAAUUGGGAAGGGGCAGGUUCCAACGGUCCUAGAAAAAGACAAUGAUGUGGAGAUCAGCGUUGACAAGAAGAUAGAGAUAGGAGAGGGGACAAUAAUGAUGACAGUAGAAGAGAGAAAGGAACUCAUAUUCUUUAAUGAUAAACCAAAAUUUAAAAUGGCAGAACUUCUUAGAGCUUCUGCUGAGUCACUGGGUCAUGGAAUCAUGGGGAAUAGUUAUAAGGCCAUGCUGAAUGAUGGAUCAACUAUUGUUGUAAAACGGCUAAGGGACCUGAAGCCUCUCACUAAGGAGGAAUUUGCAAAGAUAUUGCAUCUGAUUGCUGAUCUGAAGCACCCCAAUUUGUUACCUUUGCUUGCUUACUACCAUUCCAAAGAUGAGAAACUGAUGCUCUAUAAAUAUGCAGAGAAUGGAAAUCUUUUCUCCCGACUUCAUGAUGGUAGAGGUGGAAACCGGCUUCCAUUCAGUUGGAGCUCAAGGUUAUCAGUGGCACGAGGCGUGGCUCGAGCAUUGGAGUACCUGCACCUAAACAACAGGUUCCAAAACAUUGUCCCACAUGGGAACUUGAAGUCUUCAAAUGUACUAUUCGAUGAAAACGAUGCAGUUGUUGUAUCUGACUUUAGUCUUGCUUCAUUAAUAGCACAACCAAUUGCAGCUCAGCAUAUGGUUGUUUACAAGUCACCUGAAUAUGGGUAUGCAAGAAAGGUGACAAUUCAAUCCGAUAUAUGGAGCUAUGGAUCCCUUCUAAUUGAACUUGUAACUGGAAAAGUAUCAGUGUGCUCAGCUCCAUCAGGGACCAAUGGCGUGGAUCUCUGCAGUUGGGUUCACAGAGCUGUGAGAGAAGAAUGGACAGCUGAGAUCUUUGAUAAAGAAAUUUCUGGCCAAAAGAGUGCUCUUCCCGGGAUGCUAAGGUUGCUGCAGAUAGCAAUGCGUUGCAUUGAGAGGUUCCCAGAAAAUCGUCCUGAGAUGAGAGAGGUGGUGAGAGAAGUGGAGAAAAUACAUGCCCCAAUGAUCUCUGAAGAUGAAGAUGAUGUAUCUGGGGAUAGGUCUCUAACAGAUGAUUCCCUUUCAACCAGUACUUCCUUUGUUGCAGAUGAAAGAUAG